ACAGUACGGUCUGCAGAUGGUCGAGGCGGUUCCUCAAACCAUAAGAAGACACAGAAAGGUGAGGAGCAGCUCGUCUGAGAGCCCUCCACCCCGCGAGAGAAGGAGGCCCUGGGCGGACCGAGUUGAUCAACUCAUGGAGGCGGUAAUGCUACUCCUGAAACAGUUGCGGGAGGACAAGAUAGCUGCUGGCCCGGCGACGGCGCCAUUGGCGCCCGCAGCCUCUACUUCUUCUCACUCGGUUCGAGCAGAAAACCCAGAAGUGAGGACGCCACGAGCAACCACGAUGGCCGAGAUGGUCUCCGACCAGGAUGGAGCACGGGAGACAUCGGCGCCGGGGACCGGGGAGACAGCGCUGUUGACGGAAAACGCAUGCAACAGACACGUGCGUGGAGUGAGCAGACACCUGAGUGAACUGUGUGAAGCCCAGAAGACGUGGCCGGCAAGGGAGAGAACAGCUGCGCCCAACAUAGAAGAGAGUGAGCUGCUGGUUUUUGAUGAUGAUGUUAAAGCAGAGGAGGUGUUGAGAUCGCUCAGCAAAGGAGAAUACGCGGAUGAGAAGGAUGCCUUCUACGUGGUGGACCUGGGGGACAUCGUGAGAAAGCACCUGCGCUGGCUCGGCGCCCUUCCACGUGUGCGGCCCUUCUACGCCGUCAAGUGCAACAACACUCAGACCAUCGUACAAACCCUCGCCACGCUGGGCACUGGCUUUGACUGCGCCAGCAAGGCGGAGAUAGCGCUGGUGCAGAGCCUCGGCGUGAGCGCUGACCGCAUCAUCUACGCGAACCCCUGCAAGCAAGCGUCGCACGUGCGCUACGCGGCCGAGCACGGCGUCGACCUCAUGACUUUCGACAACGAUGCCGAGCUGCACAAGAUCGCCCGCGUCAACCCCAACGCCAGGCUCGUGCUGAGAAUCGCCACCGAUGAUUCCAAGUCCGUGUACAAGAUGAGCCGGAAAUUUGGUGCCAGCGUCGAGUCGAGCCAUCAGCUGCUGGAGACGGCGCAGGGACUGGGACUGCUCGUCGUGGGGGUCAGCUUCCACGUUGGUAGCUGCUGCCAGGAUGGUGUGGCCUAUACCGAGGCCAUUGCAAAUGCCCGUCAGGUUUUCAACAACGCUGCUGAACUGGGAUUGAGCCUGACUCUUCUGGACAUUGGAGGAGGCUUCCCAGGUCAUAAUGGAGAGUCCAAAAUUACAUUUGAGGAGGUCAGUGUUAGUAGGAGUGGAAUGACUCCACAUCACCUCCCACGGCGAUUCGAUGACAUUUUUUUUUAUUUCGGGUCGCAGUUAAAUUAAAGAAUAAUUCUGUUUAGAUAUUUGCACUGAUUUGUAGCUCCUCUGUACGUUGAGCUUCUUUCGCACCAUACAUUGCCUCUAGUGGCUGCACAAGUGACAUCAACACAUUGCAGACAGCGUCGAUUCUGACAUGCGUGAGUCAACGCACAUAUUGUAAGCUGGAGAGGGAAUCGAUGUUUUGUCACACCCAGAGAGCAAACGUUUUCAAUUUAAUCAGGAUGAAAUGCU